AACGUCCGCUACGACCCUUGCAGGUCGGCUGACAUCGCCUUGGUGGCUGGCGGCAACCGGAAGCGCUGGAUCAUUGCCACGGAGAACAUGCAGCCGGGGGACAUCAUCAAGAACUCCUCUCACAUUGGCAGGAUGGCAGUGUCAGCUAACGAAGGAGAUGCCUACCCGCUGGGGGCUCUGCCCGUCGGCACGCUGAUCUGCAACCUGGAGAGCCACCCUGGGAAGGGAGCGCAGUACAUCCGGGCAGCUGGGACUUGUGGGGUGCUGCUGAGGAAAGUGAACGGAACGGCCAUUGUGCAGCUGCCCUCCAAGAGGCAUAUGCAGGUGCUGGAGACCUGUGUGGCCACAGUGGGCCGUGUGUCCAACAUUGACCACAACAAGCGGGUGAUCGGGAAGGCGGGCCGGAACCGCUGGCUGGGCAAGCGCCCACACACGGGCUUG